AUGUUCUUCGCGUUGAUCCUGGGGCUCUACCUGGCCACAGGUGCGCUACCCUACACGGUAAGGGCGUGCCCGUCGCAGUGCAGCUGUUUUUAUCACAACCUCAGCGACGGAUCAAAAGCCAGGAGCGUAAUUUGCAAUGACCCUGAGAUCUCUCUUGUGCCUGUCGGGUUUCCUGUGGACACAUCGAAGUUGCGCAUUGAGAAAACAGCCAUCCAGCGGAUUCCACGUGAAGCCUUCAACUACCUCUCUGGUCUUGAAUUUCUCUGGAUGUCUUUCAACACACUGACCGCCCUGAACCCAGACAGUUUCCGAGGGUUAUUAAACUUGGAAGAGCUUCGUCUGGAUGGGAACACGCUUGCAGCAUUUCCCUGGGAAUCACUAAUGGAUAUGCCCAGCCUCAGACUGCUCGAUUUGCACAACAACCAGCUAAAUUCCGUUCCGGCAGAUGCCACAAAUUACAUAAAGAACCUCACCUAUCUGGAUCUGUCCAGCAACAACCUCCUGACCGUCCCGACAGAGGUGCUUUCCACCUGGCUAAUGGUCAAACCCGUACAGGGCCCGGAAAGCUCGAAAAUGAUACUUGGUCUCCACGAUAACCCAUGGAUGUGUGACUGCCGAUUAUACGACCUGGUCCAGUUUCAGAAGUCUCCGACGCUCUCGGUAGCAUUUAUAGACACGCGGCUGCGUUGCUCUGCUCCCGAGAGUCUCUCUGGCGUACUCUUCAGCGACGCAGAGUUACGGCGUUGCCAGAUUCCACGCAUACACACAGCGGUGGCGCGCGUCCGCAGCGCAGUUGGGAACAACGUGAUGUUGCGCUGCGGGACCAUUGGAGUACCCAUCCCAGAUUUGUCCUGGCGAAGGGCGGAUGGAAAAGUCCUCAACGGGACAGUUCAAGAGGAGAACUCCAAAGAGGGGAUAAUCUGGUCCAUUCUGAGUGUCCCGGCUGUGUCGUUCCGUGAUUCAGGGAAGUACAUUUGCAAGGCCACCAACUAUGCUGGCAGCACUGAGGCGGUCAUCUCUCUGGUAGUCUCCGACUCGCCAAAACCCGAGACCAACCAAACCAGCGUAACCUCUGCUGCUGCUGCUGCAAAGAAGUCAAAACCCAAGAAGCCCAGUGGGGUUGUAAAGGCCGCUUACCAGGAGAAGCUAGUGGCGAGAUACGUGGCUCCCACCCCAAGUCCUUUACCUUUCCCAGCCUUGGAGCCUGGUGCUGGAGCUGGGGUAGCCAGCUACACUGUGGCGGACAGAGCCAUCCCUGGGCCUACCACAUCUCAGAGCCCUGACGGCUUUCUGGAGUUGGAGAAGACCAACCUCAGCAACCUGGCGGCCAACACCUCGUCCCUCCAGCAGGACCCUGCCCGGCUGGUCCGACAGGUCAAGGUGGUGGGGGACACAGACAACAGAAUUUACCUGAACUGGAGGGCCCCCAAGGCCAAGAACACCACUGCCUUCAGUGUUAUGUAUGCUGUGUUUGGGGAGAGAGACAUGAGGAAGAUCAACGUAGGAGCAGGCAACAACCGUGUCACCAUUGAUGGUUUGGUGCCCAAGACAAAAUACAUAGCCUGUGUGAGUGUGAGGGGCCUCAUCCCAAGAAAAGAACAAUGUGUGAUAUUCUCCACUGAUGAGGCAGCCAGCGCCACUGGAACCCAGAAGCUCAUCAACGUGAUUGUGAUCACGGUCGCAUGUGUCAUUGCCGUCCCCCUCACUGUCAUUGUGUGCUGCGGGGCUCUGAAAAGACGGAUCCAGAAGUACUGGGGGAAAAAGUCCAAAGACAUCCAAGACUCAUAUGUGACCUUUGAGACAUUGUCGCCCGGCACCAAGGCCAAAGGACUGGAGGGCGAGUACCUGACCAGACUGAACCCAGAGGAGUCCAACAGACUGCUGUCAGCCCGCUCCAGCCUGGACUCUGAGGCUACGGCUAAGAUAGAGGGACAGCCCAACGAGUACUUCUGCUGACGUCAUGCUCCAGCUCCGGCUCCUGCCCCCCGCCCUCUGCCCCGCUCUCACCCAUAUCCUCACCUUCACCCCCACUCACAUCCCUACCGUAGCCCUGCACUAGCACGUCCUCAAACACCCCUAUCCCGGGACUCACCACCACCUCUCCCCCCUCGCUGGACGCCACCGCAGCGGGGCUUCUAUCAAAGGACUCUGGGACGUUGUACAAUCAUGGAAAUAUCAGUUUAAAGGAUGUUAUGAUGUUUAUACCCUUUUCUUAAGAAUAAAUGUUUCAAAAGCAGAGUGAAUAUGUUCUGGAAUUCAGUUUCCAGGUAUGAGGAAUGUCUGCUGUCGGUGUUCUGACUUUAAAUUUCAAGUUAAAUUUCAUACAGACAGACAUACUACACAGACACUUUUAAAAAUGAAAUGAAUGCUGAAUAUAUUUAACUUGGAUAAUAAUAGUCUAAUGGAUCAGAUAAUAUGUAGAGAUUAUUUGUUGAGAUUUUAAACCAUCACGUGUGGUGAAAUUAUACUUCUCGAUUUAAUUAUUAAAUUGUUUUUGUAGAGACGAUUUAUU